AUGGCAUCAGAAGAUUUAAUUGACGUCGUAAUUGGAAAGUUGGGGUGGUACCAGGCUCUGCUUUUAUUUCUUCUAAUUUUUGGCCGUUCCCCCACCGAAUUCCAAUUAGUAAACGUGGUUUUCAUUUUACCUAACCCAGAAUAUAUUUGCCAAGGUGAAGAGAAAAAUGUUACGAAUCUUUGCCCGUGUGAGGAUCCAGUGUUUGAUACGAGUAUAAUGAGUUCUGUAUCGAGCGAGUUUGAUUUGAUUUGUGAAAGGAAACAUUUGGCAAGUCUAGGCCAGUCCAUGCUGCAAGUGGGAAUAUUGUUUGGCAGCGUGUUGUAUGGAUAUAUUUCAGACCGAUUUGGCCGCAAAACAUCGUGCCUCCUAUCUCUGACAACUGAAAUUAUCUUUGUGGCUUUAUCAGCCGCGGUGACAGAAUUUUGGAUGUUUGCAAUCUGCCGAUUUUUAAUCGGUGCAUCGGUGGGUGGUACUAUGCUUUGCACCUACGUUAUGGUCAUAGAACUGACGGGAACGUCAUUCAGACCCUUGAUACCAGGAUUGGCAGAGGCGGCUUUUGUUAUAUGUUAUAUGGCACUACCGGUUAUAGCCUAUUUCUUGAGCAAUUGGAAGCAUUUGCAACUCGCAACGUCAUUGCCUUGGUUGUUUGUUGCGGCCUAUUAUUUCGUAAUACCUGAAUCACCACGAUGGUUGAUUACUAUGGGAAGAAAGAAAGAGGCAACUGCGGUUUUAAUUAAUAUGGCGAAGAGACAAAACAAACCAACAGAGAACAUCGAAGCGAUUGUCGAUAAAAAAUACGAAGAAUUGCUUCAGAAGGAGGAAAAACAGUACGGUACAUAUAUCGACCUAUUCAGGACUCCCAAAAUGAGAACGUAUACUCUGAUAACCAAUUUUGUAUGGAUGUGUUGCUCGCUCACGUACUUCGGAGUCAACCAAUACAUCGGCAGACUUCAGGGUAACAUUUAUUUGAACGUGCUGUUGUCCGCGACCAGUCUUAUACCUGGUUUAGUAUUAGUCGUCAUUGCGUCGCGAUAUUUAAAUCGCAGAUUAAGUAUGAUCAUAAGCUGUUGCGUGACUGCUAUAUCCUUCUUAGUAUUUUUGAUUAUUCCAGAAGGAAAGCCUAAUGUCUUACUAACAUUUGCCAUUAUUGGUUUGAUGGGUGCGCACGCGUCGUUCGUUCAGGCAUAUUUACACACUUCGGAGAUAUUUCCGACGGUUGUUAGGAAUUCUGCGUUGGGUCUCGCCUCUGUCUUUGCGCGCUUUGGUGGGUUUAUUGCGCCGUUCGUGGUUAAUGUAGGCAUUGAAUGGAUAACAAUAGGAAUUUUUAGUUUUUUGGCGUUUUCUGCGGGAGUUCUUUGUUUCUUCUUACCGAAUACAAAAGAUAAAGAGCUUUUAAAUUCAAUAUCACAAGUAGAACAGUAA